AUGCAUGCAGAGGCAAGUACUCCCGAGUGGUCAGAUGUUGAACAAGGAGAUUUGCCUGAUGAAGAUUCAGAUGUCUCUGCAGAAGAAGGGGACGAUGAGCGCAGGGGAGACGAUCCUUUGUGGGUACGUGACUUAACUUUGCAGGAUUUUGUUGCGUGGACACGGCCAAAUCACACACAGACCAGGGCAGAGAAGCUUUUCCGCGAGGAGGAGAACCCAUAUGCAGUCACCUGGGGUACAUGGAUCAUACUGCAUCACGACACCGAGGAUGCGGAUGAGGCUGGUGCUAUCCCGAUCGGGGACAGCGUUGCGAUGCUCCAAUACGAUUGGACACUUGUGACGUGCAUCGAUGCUGUGGCACGACCUUGCGUAGUAGCACAUCUCAUGGGUUGCACGACUGGGUCAGAGCGUGAUCUGGUGUUGGCAGACUCAGGUGCUAACGAAGUCAUUCGCCCGGCACAAGACCAACCGCCGCCGCGAUCUAUGCAGGUGGACCUCACGUUGGCAGACGGAAGUGCAAUUCCAUCCUACAGGUCUAGAGAUGGCGAGCUUGCUGUUCCGGGCAGUGAUUCGUGGAUAGCACCCAUCGGCAAGAUUGUGGAGCUUGGCUACAGGUUUGUGUGGGACAACAUGACGAGAGCGCAGCUGAUUCGGGGAGAGGGAGAUGAGGCAGAAGUUAUCUACAUGAAAGUGGAAAAUGGCCUUCCCUACCUUGAGUGGCAUGAUUUUGCAACAUUGCGCCGACAGCUUUCACAGGCUUACAGACAACAGAAACGCGUGCUGUGUGCCCGUGCUGAGAUCAAGGAACCUGAAAAAACAAGCGGUCUUUUCCACUUAAGUUUGGGCCUGAAUGUCGCAUCAUCCGAAUCAUGCAACGCACUCCUGGCAAAACAUGAAAGACGUGUCAAAGCACUAGAAAAUCUGUACACAAGAUAUGCUAGGGGGUAA